AUGUACACUGAUCAUCAGGGCACUGAUGAUCAGUGUGCCGUGAUGAUAUGUGUAUCCCCAGCAGUGCCACCUGUCAGUGUCCAUCAGUGCCUACCAGUGCACAUCAAUGUCACAUAUCAGUGCCCAUCUGAGCUGCCUUUAAGUGUCACCUAUCAGUGCCAGUCAGUGCCACCUAUCAAUGACAUCAUGCCACCUAUCAGUGCCGCCUAUCAGUGCCAUAUAUGAGUGCUGCCUUUCAGUGCCCAUCAGUGAUGCCUGUCAAUGACCAUCAGUGCCACCUAUCAGUGCCCAUCACUGCAGCCUCAUUAGCGCACAUCAGUG